GUGUGUUGUCAUCUGCGGAGCGACGGCCGGAGGCUGUGGCGUAGGCCCCGGCGGGGCGUUUGGUUUCGAUUUGGCCCUGACUUGAGUUAGUACUGACGGUCGAAAUGGGAGUCCCCAAGUUUUAUCGAUGGAUCUCGGAGCGGUAUCCCUGCCUCAGCGAAGUGGUGAAGGAGCAUCAGAUUCCUGAAUUUGAUAACUUAUACCUGGAUAUGAAUGGAAUUAUACAUCAAUGUUCCCAUCCUAAUGAUGAUGAUGUUCACUUCAGAAUUUCAGAUGAUAAAAUCUUUACUGAUAUUUUUCACUACUUGGAGGUGUUGUUUCGCAUUAUUAAACCUAGGAAAGUGUUCUUCAUGGCCGUUGACGGUGUGGCUCCUCGAGCAAAGAUGAACCAGCAGCGUGGGAGGCGUUUUAGGUCAGCAAAGGAGGCAGAAGACAAAAUUAAAAAGGCAAUAGAAAAAGGAGAAACUCUUCCUACAGAGGCCAGAUUUGAUUCCAACUGCAUUACACCAGGGACUGAAUUCAUGGCCAGGUUACACGAACAUCUGAAAUAUUUUGUAAAUAUGAAAAUUUCUACAGACAAGUCAUGGCAAGGAGUUACCAUCUAUUUCUCAGGCCAUGAGACCCCUGGAGAAGGAGAACAUAAAAUCAUGGAAUUUAUCAGAUCCGAGAAGGCAAAGCCAGAUCAUGAUCCAAACACGAGACACUGUCUCUAUGGCUUAGAUGCUGACUUGAUUAUGCUUGGAUUAACAAGUCAUGAGGCACAUUUCUCUCUUUUAAGAGAAGAGGUUCGGUUUGGUGGCAAAAAGACACAAAGGGUAUGCGCACCAGAAGAAACCACAUUUCACCUUCUACACUUGUCUUUAAUGAGAGAGUAUAUUGACUAUGAGUUUUCAGCAUUAAAAGAUAAGAUCACGUUUAAAUAUGAUAUUGAAAGGAUAAUAGAUGAUUGGAUUUUGAUGGGAUUUCUUGUUGGCAAUGAUUUUAUCCCUCAUCUACCUCAUUUACAUAUUAAUCAUGAUGCACUGCCUCUUCUUUAUGGAACAUAUAUUACCAUCCUGCCAGAACUUGGGGGUUAUAUUAAUGAAAGUGGGCAUCUCAACUUACCUCGAUUUGAGAAAUACCUUGUGAAACUAUCAGAUUUUGAUCGAGAGCACUUCAGUGAAGUUUUUGUGGACCUAAAGUGGUUUGAAAGCAAAGUUGGUAACAAGUAUCUCAAUGAAGCAGCAGGUGUCGCAGCAGAAGAAGCCAAGAACUACAAGGAAAAGAAAAAAUCAAAGGGCCAGGAAAACUCAAUAUGUUGGGCUGCUUUAGACGAAAAUGGAGAAGUGGUAACUUCUAAGGACAAUUUAGAAGAUGAGACUGAAGAUGAUGACUUGUUUGAAACUGAGUUUAGACAAUAUAAAAGAACAUAUUACAUGACAAAGAUGGGAGUUGACGUAGUUUCUGAUGACUUUCUGGCUGAUCAAGCUGCAUGUUAUGUUCAGGCAAUACAGUGGAUUUUGCAUUAUUACUAUCAUGGAGUUCAGUCCUGGAGCUGGUUUUAUCCGUACCAUUAUGCACCUUUCCUAUCUGAUAUCCGCAACAUCAGUACACUCAAAAUCCAUUUUGAACUAGGAAAACCUUUUAAGCCAUUUGAACAGCUUCUGGCUGUACUUCCAGCAGCUAGCAAAAAUUUACUUCCUACAUGCUACCAGCAUUUGAUGACCAAUGAAGACUCGCCAAUUAUAGAAUAUUAUCCACCUGAUUUUAAAACUGACCUAAAUGGGAAGCAACAGGAAUGGGAAGCUGUGGUUCUAAUACCUUUUAUUGAUGAGAAGCGAUUGUUGGAAGCCAUGGAGACAUGCAACCACUCCCUGAAAAAAGAAGAGAGGAAAAGAAACCAACAUAGUGAGUGCCUGAUGUGCUGGUAUGAUAGCGAGACAGAGUUCACGUACCCCUCUCCAUGGCCAGAAAAGUUCCCUGCCAUAGGACGAUGCUGCGCAAGGUAUAAAAUAAUAUCAUUAGAUGCUUGGCGUGUAGACAUAAGCAAAAACAAAAUAACCAGGGUUGACCAAAAGGCAUUAUAUUUCUGUGGAUUUCCUACUUUGAAACACAUCAAACACAAAUUUUUUUUGAAGAAAAGUGGGGUUCAAGUAUUCCAGCAAAGCAGUCGUGGAGAAAACAUGAUGUUGGAAAUCUUAGUGAAUGCAGAAUCAGAUGAACUUAGUGUAGAAAAUAUAGCUUCAUCAGUGCUUGGGAAGUCUCUCUUUGUUAAUUGGCCUCAUCUUGAAGAAGCUAGAGUUGUUGGUGUAUCAGAUGGAGAAACUAAGUUUUACUUGGAAGAACCUGCAGGAACACAGAAACUUUAUUUGGGAAGAACUGCGCCACCCUCUAAAGUGAUCCAUCUUGGAGACAAAGAACAAUCUAACUGGACAAAAGAAGUACAAGGAAUUUCAGAAUACUACCUGAGAAGAAAAGGAAUAAUAAUAAGUGAAACAUCUGCAGUUGUAUAUGGUCAGUUACUCACAGGUCGUAAAUAUCAAGUAAAUCAAAAUGGUGAAGUCCGUCUAGAGAAACAGUGGUCAAAACAAGUUCUUCCAUUUGUUUAUCAAACUAUUGUCCAAGACAUCAGAGCUUUUGACUCCCGUUUCUCCAAUAUUAAAACAUUGGAUGACUUGUUUCCUCCUAGAAGUAUGGUCUUUAUGCUGGGAACACCCUAUUAUGGAUGCACUGGAGAAGUUCAGGAUUCAGGGGAUGUGAUUACAGAAGGCAGGAUUCGUGUGGUUUUCAGUAUUCCAUGUGAACCCAAUCUUGAUGCUUUAAUACAAAACCAGCAUAAAUAUUCUAUAAAGUACAACCCAGGAUAUGUGUUGGCCAGUCGCCUUGGAGUGAGUGGAUACCUUGUUUCAAGGUUUACAGGAAGUAUUUUUAUUGGAAGAGGAUCUAGGAGAAACCCUCAUGGAGACCAUAAAGCAAAUGUGGGUUUGAAUCUCAAAUUCAACAAAAAAAAUGAGGAGGUACCUGGAUAUACUAAGAAAGUUGGAAGUGAAUGGAUGUAUUCAUCUGCAGCAGAACAACUUCUUGCAGAGUACUUGGAGAGAGCUCCAGAACUGUUUAGUUUUAUAGCCAAAAAUAGCCAAGAGGAUGUGUUCUAUGAAGACGACAUUUGGCCUGGAGAAAAUGAGAAUGGUGCUGAGAAAGUUCAAGAAAUUAUUACUUGGCUAAAGGGACAUCCUGUCAGUACUUUGUCUCGUUCUUCUUGUGAUUUACAAAUUCUGGAUGCAGCUAUUGUUGAGAAAAUUGAAGAAGAAGUUGAAAAGUGCAAGCAAAGAAAGAAUAAUAAGAAGGUUCGAGUGACAGUGAAGCCCCAUUUGCUAUACAGACCUUUAGAACAGCAACAUGGAGUCAUUCCUGAUCGGGAUGCAGAAUUUCGUCUCUUUGACCGAGUUGUAAAUGUGAGAGAGAACUUUUCCGUUCCAGUUGGCCUUCGGGGCACCAUCAUAGGAAUUAAAGGGGCUAAUAGAGAAGCUGAUGUACUAUUUGAAGUGUUAUUUGAUGAAGAAUUUCCUGGAGGUUUAACAAUAAGGUGCUCACCUGGUAGAGGUUAUCGGCUGCCAACAAGUGCCUUGGUGAACCUUUCUCAUGGGAGUCGCUCUGAAACAGGAAAUCAGAAGUUGACAGCCAUUGUGAAACCACAGCCAGCUGUGAAUCACUAUAGCACAAGUUCAUCAAUUUCAUCUGGGCAUUUGGGAGGUCUGAACCAUUCCCCUCAAUCACUUUUUGUUCCUACUCAAGUACCUGCUAAAGAUGAUGAUGAAUUUUGCAACAUUUGGCAAUCCUUACAGGGAUCUGGAAAGGUUCAACACUUUCAGCCACCUCUACAAGAGAAGGGUGCAGUUCUACCUCAAGAAAUAAGUCAAGUAACUCAACAUCACAAAUCUGGCUUUAAUGAGAACAGUGUGAAGCAAAGAAAACAUGAGCCUCACAGAAAAUUUAAAGAAGAGUGUAAGAGUCCUAAAACUGAGAGUCGGUCACAAAAAAUAUCAAAUAGGCAGCCUAAUCCUGGAAUUGAGAACUUCUUAGCAUCCUUGAAUAUCUCCAAAGAAAAUGAAGUACAGUCAUCUCAUCAUGAAGAGCCUCCAAGCGAAAAACAUUUGUCACCACAGUCAUUUGCUAUGAAGGGAACUCGGAUGCUUAAAGAAAUUCUAAAAAUUGAUGGCUCUGGCACUGUGGACCAUAAGAAUGAGAUGAAACAAUUUGGUAAUGAAGUCACUGUUUCCUCCAAUAGAAGAGAUGAAUAUGGAUCUUCCUCACAGCCUAAACAAAGUAAGAAAUUAACAUCUUAUAUGAACAAGCCUCACAGUGCUAGUGAGUACCAUAGCGUUCAGUCUGUGGACAGUGUGUGCUGGCCUGCUGCCAGCCAGAUUCCUCCUGUGUCCACACCAGUAACUGAACUUUCUCGAAUUUGUUCCCUUGUUGGAAUGCCACAACCAGAUUUCUCCUUUCUGAGAACACCACAGACAAUGACAGUUUGCCGGGUAAAAUUAUCUAACGGCUUACUGGUACAUGGGCCACAGUGCCAUUCUGAAAAUGAAGCCAAGGAACAAGCUGCACUUUUUGCUUUACAACAAUUGGGCUCCUUAGGAGUGAAUUUCCCUUUGCCUCCACCAAUAUUUCCAAGUUAUCCUCCUGCUGUACCACCUGGAACCAUUCCUCCAGUUUUUCCCCAACCUACUGGCUGGGAUCACUAUGGAAGCAACUUAGCACUGGGGGCAGCUAAUAUAGUGCCCUCAUCAGCUCCUCUCUUUGGCUCAAUGCCAUGGGGACCACCAGCGCCAGUUCCUGGGAAGCCCUUCCAUCAUACUUCAUAUGCUGGGACCAUACCCAUGGCCGGAGGAAUGCCAGCUGGUGUGCACAAUCAGUUCAUACCUCUACAGGUAACUAAAAAAAGGGUUGCAAACAAAAAGAAUUUCGAGAACAAGGAUGCCCAGAGUUGUCAAGCCACCCUACUUCAGACUAGCCAGUCAGCAUCUUCUGAUGUCACCAAAGUGAUUCCACAGGAGAGUUUAUCAGCUUCCUUAAAGUCCUCUCAGAUUUCUCAACUUGCGUCUCCUUUUCAAGUUGAAGCUGCCUCCCCAGGCCAUAGUAUGUCUCACCAUAAGUCAACACCAAGCUCCUCAAGAAGAAAAUCAAGAAAACUGGCUGUCAAUUUUGGAGUUUCUAAACCUUCCGAAUAAAUUUGGUACUUGGAAUUAAAUUAAUUUCAUUCCUUUCCUCCCGCCUUUUUAUAAAUCUAUAUCUGUGUGUCAUAAAAAAUUACAGUGUACUAUUUUAAAACAAUAUAUUUCAAUUAAAAUUUUUAAAAUUUUUAGUUGUCAGGCACUUUUCAUGCUAUUUAAAAGACUAUACAUCAAAUUGUGCAUCUUAAGUAUGUGCAAUUUGUUUUACAUCAAUUAUACCUCAAUAAAGCUGUAAAAAAAAGACUAAAUUCAACCUUGUGUUCAAAUAAUAUCAACGGACUAAGCAUUCAAAUGUACCACUCUAACCAUUGACCUCAUCAUUAGCAGCAUCCUAAACUAUGAAUUCGAUAUCAUAUUGCAAUAAUUAUAAACAUUUUUUACACUAUCAUUGAGGGAUAAUUAAAUGGAGCAUGAAAAUUGGGCCUCAAGUAUAAUUUACUGAAUGUGGAUUUUAUUUCUCUUUUCAAUGAUGUAACAGAAGUGUCAGGAGCAUGGCUCUUACUUAUAGGUAUUUUAACUUAUGUUUUAUCAUAUCUGAGGGUCCUUGGGACCUGCUGUGACGUGAUCACACUUGUGGUGGUGCUGCCAGUUUUGCUUUAUUCUCAAUUUUGUACCAAAGCAACUCCAGAAUACUGAUCAGAAUAUUUCAUGUAACUGCUUAGAAUUAUAACCAGCAAUCUAGAUUUGAGUAAAUAAUUACAAUUUUUUAGAUUAUUCAAGAACCAGCAUUAGUCAUUUCUAAUAAAAUUGUUGCAAAAUCUACAGUGUAUAAUGAUUACAAAUUAAUCUUCUAAUAGAAUAAAGUACAAACUAUUAAUCAUGUUAAUUAAAAUAAAUUGUGUUAUCAAUUUGUAUAGCUUUUUACCUGCUUACUUAAACAUACAUGAGAGCUCCAUUGUUGGUCCAUGUGUAGUGCUUCCUGGAACUGAUGAAAUUCUAAAUUUUUCAAAAAUUCCAAGGUGUGCACAGCUACCAUCAGUGUAUACUGUACAUUAUUUAUAUGACAAGUGCCCGUCUCAUUCUCGUUCCGUAUUUUUAGCUUUAUGCUGAACUGCCCAGGGACUCUGGCAUUUUGUCUUUGCAUGUCACAUGUGGGUGUGUAUUGUUCAAGCUGUAGCUGUUGAAAUUAUUUUAGAGUUUAUGAAAAUGUCUCAGUGGUACCAGGGCCUGAGUUUUUAUAUAUAUGUUUGUGCUUUCAUUUUUGUGAUAUGCUUGUAUUUUUAAGGAAGUAAGUUAUCAUACUUUUUUAAAAGUAGGAGCAACCAUCUUUGUAUGGAACUGAUUAUUAUAUUUAGUUUCAUUGGGCUCAUUGAAAACUCUGCCAUGAGUCUGAGUCUGUUUGUUUUUAAAAAUGCUAGUAUUGAAUUAAAUGGAUUUCCUUCUCUAACUGCUAAAUGUUAGAGUUUCUCUAAAUGCUAGUAGGAUAUUUGUAUAUUAGUCGUGCCUUUAGUGUAAAAGAAAAGUGUUCAUUAUCUGUCAUUUAUCACAGUGAUGUGAGUUUCUGUGAUUUUAUUUUCUAUUAAUUUUCCUAGAUGCAGAUGUUCAUUGGCUCCCAGAAUUUCCUUUUUGGGGAAUAUUUGUGUCUCUGUCAUGGGAUCCUGAGUCACGAGGCUCCAGUACUUCUCCGUGUUGGUCCUUAUUGCCUCACGAACUUUUGUUUUUUUUUUUAAGGGAACAUCUAUUUGGGGCAUACAAUACAAAAAAGUUCAAUUGUGACAAUAAGAUUAUGUCAACCUCUUACUACUUUAAAGUGUAUAAUAUUUUUCACCUUAUGUAACUUUACAAACUCAAGCAUUCAAGAAUUGCCUCACUCAUCAUUGCUCUGUGACCACUCUAUAAAGAGUGUACAGCCCACUUCUUUUUUUUUUUUUUUUUUUUUUUUUUUUUUUGUGGUACGCGGGUCUCUCACCGUUGUGGCCUCUCCCGUCGAGUAGCACAGGCUCCGGACGCGCGGGCUCAGCGGCCAUGGCUCACGGGCCCAGCCGCUCCGCGGCAUGUGGGAUCUUCCCGGACCGGGGCACGAACCCGUGUCCCCUGCAUCGGCAGGCAGACUCUCAACCACUGCGCCACCAGGGAAGCCCCCACAUCUUUUUUAAAGCCCAGAAGAAGGAGCACGUGCCAUCUUCUGAAAACUCCAAGAGAAAUUUCAGUAAGCACAGUGCCACUGAACCCAUAUAAGGAUGUUUCCUCAGUAUUCAAGCAAAGCAAGCUGACAAUUCUAGGUGAAUAGGCAGUAAAAGUGUUUUCUUUUCAUUCUUCUCUUUUUAAAAAAUGUAUUAUUCUAAAAGUCAAGACUAAAGAGAGAUUAAAAUGGGAGAGAGCUCCAUAAUGACUAGAUAGUGUCAGGCAUUCAUCUAUAUUCUCUUCACCUUGUACACCUAUUCUAAAUGUGGGCCUGAGAACAGUAGAUGUGCCCUCUCUGGGGAGGAUGUAAGAGGCAGAGACUGUUUUUAUCUCAUGACAAUCUUGAGGAGACUAGAUCCACUAAUAGACUGGGAAACUUACAGUUUUUCCUUUUUUUGGAUGGUGCAGACUCAGAAUACCCCAAAGUUUAGAAAUAUGCCCAUUCAACUGUUGAAUCUGUUGUGGCCUUUCUGUGGAAACCAUGGGCUGUACAGGGCACAGAGGAGGAGAUUCCCCAAAAUCCUUCAUGUUUCCACGUAAUAAGAGUAGUUAAAUCUAUUUAAACCUUCUUCUCCUCGCUGAAACAUUAGUUCUA